UUUAAAAGUUAAAAUAUAAAGAAAUAAAUCAGUGUUUUGGCCAUUUUGAUAUCUUUCUUUAUUAGACCGGAAAAUCUGAUAAAUUAAAUAAUUUAGCCAAAAAUGGAAAGAGGAAAGAAAAAAAAGUUGGUGUCCAAAUCUAAUAAUUCUCCUGGUUAACUUGAAGAUGAUAGACAUUUGCCUCUUUCUUUCUUGUGUAGAAUCUAUCGUCAAUGUCUCACCUUCUUCUCUCCCGACUCUCCAACCUCUCUCCCAGCGGCCACUCGCUCUUGCACAAGACCAUUCGCUUGUUUUCAUCGUCUUCGACCAGCCCCUGUUUUCCGCUUUGCGUCGUGGAGAAAGACUCGCCGGGCAACGGCGGCAUGGUCGGAGACGUCCACUUGUUCGAUGCGGCCACGGAAGGGUUAGUCACAGUCACUGACAAAACUAUACCCGAAGUAAUCACUAACGGCGGUAUUGUGGUCGGAGCUUCUCAUGGAUGGUUGUUUUUCAAAGACCGGCACGAUCAUUCCGUAUAUGUGACCGAUUUUUACAACUCUUUGGCUUUCAAAACAAACGCAACGAUGAUUCCUAUGCCUACAUUUACUGCUCUCCACCUUUGCCAAACUGAAGUUGUCUGGAAUGUGGCAAUGUCGACUUCUCCUGGUCAGCAAGAAGAUGAAGAUGAUUGGGUAGUUGGUAUCAAGUUCUUGGGUAACCAGCUGAGUUUCUGCAGGCCCCGUCGUGACCUGCGGUGGACCAACGUCUCAUCUCCUUUUAAAAUGUUCAACAACUCAAAUCUCAUGUUCUCAAAGAGAGAUAAAACAUUUAAUUUGCCUGCUCCCGUAGGCAACUACUUGUGCUCCUGGGAUAUCCAGUUCCACAAGGAUGGAUACCCUGCCCCUAAGAUCCAUAAGCUGCUUUUUCACAACCUUCCCCAGUUGCCCCAGUCCAUGUGGGAGCUCUUGGAUUCGUGUCCCAGAGAGGAUCACUGGGUGGAGUCACCAUCGGGGGAAUCCUUCCUCGUAAAAUGGUACUCCCGUGUCUCACUGUCCCCUAGCUUGUCUACAUUGCCGAUAGUUAUGGUGUUCAGAGAGGAAGACAGAAAGGAUGGAAUAAUAAAGAUGUGUUACACAGAGGACAUUGGAGAUAUUUGCAUCUUCCUUUCAAAGAGUGAGGCCUUCUGCGUCCCGGCUAGUUCUUGCCCUGGUCUCAAGCCUAACUCCAUUUAUGUCGCUGACCGUGUAUUUUCUGUGUACGAUCUCACCACCAAAACCUUCCAUCAUUUUAAAUACCCCAUAGAUGCACCAGAGAAGAUUUCCCGCGUCCCUUGUUGGCUUCCACCCGUUUCAGUCUAAGUUUCUAUGGUUCUGUGUUUGGUUCAUUAGUGUUAUGGUCUGGUAUUUUCAAGCAAGCCAGCCUAUUUUAUUGAACUUCUCACUCUGUUUGUUUGUUUGUUGAAACGCACUAAACUCAGGUGAAGCCUAGCCCUCUUUGUUUUUAAUUUUUUUCACUUGAUGAAUUUUGUAUUUUUUUUUUGUAAACUGUGAAAUGUUCUUUUACUCACCCACUCUUUACCUUUUUACUUGUGUUUACAUGUUACCACUGAUAUAGUGAAAAUAUUUUUCUAUAUGUUAUAUAUUUUUUUCUCUCUAUAUAAUGUGGAUUUGUUUCUGUAUAGUUACAGAAACUUUGAACUGAAAACAAAAUAUUUGCAAAAUUGACAUUCAAAUUAAAAGAAGAAACAAAAUUAGUCUAACAAUGGUUUUAAUCAUUAUACUAGGGCGGGUAUAUUUUUUGUUUUAGUUAUUUUUGAAAAUUUUAAUAUUAGUAAGACCUUCACUAACUUUAAGUAAAAUUACAUAUUUAAUAAAUAUUUUUUAAUCGAAUAACCUAUUUAAAACCCGUUAUACUAAAUGAGUUUCAUUUAUAUGAAUAUUUAUUUCCAUUAAAAUUUCACUUAAACCCUAUUAAAUCCUAUUUUUAACAUCAAAUGCUUUGUUAAUUGAUAAACUUAAUGUAUGUGUAAAGUAUUUAAAAUUUGAAAGAAAAAUGUCUAGUCGAAUAAAUCUAAUUUUUUGGCGGAGAUGUAAGCUAUGCUGUUGUAGUGUGAUAAUAUUUUUUGAAAAAAAUAUAUCAAAUUUUAUUAUAAUUAUGAGGAAUAAUUAUUAUAUUAUGUCAAUAACGUAACGCUAUACAUAAUUAUAUAAAAUAAUGUGUUAUAUUAAUCAAAUAAAAGGUUAAAAUCAAAAAAUAAUUUUUAUUUAAACACCCAAUAACAAAAAAAAAACAAAAAUAUAUGGUAACAAAAAUGUCUUUUUAAUGUCGAGAAUCAGUUUUAACCUUUAUAAGGGUUUAUAUUUUUAUUUAAACACCCAAUAACAAAAAAAUACAAAAAUAUAUUUUUAUAAAUUUUUGUUGCCAUAUACAUAGUUCUUUAAAACAUGACUUAAAGUGGUUAUCCCUGACUUUAAAAUAUAUUUAUUUAGAUGAAGUUAUAUAACUUGUGCAGUUAUAUAAAAAUUAGUUUUUUUAGUUGGACAUAACUUUUUAUCAAUUGGUUAUAUUUAUGUUUUAAUAUAAUAGAUAAUAAUUGAGUAUAAUUGCAAUUUUGUUUAAUAAUCAAUAUUAUUAGUCUUUUUCUAUUAAAAUUAAAUUAGCCAUAAACCUAGAUGUGGUUAAGAAAGCAAUAUAAAUUUAUAUGGCUCCUUGCAAUCAGACCAAAUGGAACAAAUCAGUUGAUUUUA